AUGGCUCAACAAAGCCAACCCGAAGACUUCUCGCUCCUCGACGCAAAUAUCUCCGAGCUCCAAUCCGCCCUUUCUUCAGGAUGGCUCUCUAGCGUGGACUUGGUGUCACGAUACCUGCGACGAAUUAGCGUUUACGACGCGAAUGGCCUAAAGCUCAGCGCCAUCCCAAUCCUUAACCCAUCCGUCCUCGACGAAGCAGCCGCCUCCGAUGCCCGGCGCGCUACUGGUUCACCACCUCGUCCACUGGAGGGUAUUCCAUACCUCGUAAAAGACAGUAUAAAAGUCAAGGGCAUGACCGUUGCCAGCGGAUCACCUGCAUUCGAGACGCUCAUCGCCAACGAGGAUGCUGCGUGUAUCCAAAGUCUCCGAGAGGCCGGUGCCAUACUUCUGGGUCGGACGAACAUGCCUGCGAUGGCGUACGGCGGUAUGCAACGCGGGUCUUAUGGGCGUGCUGAAAGUCCAUAUAACAACACAUACCUGGCUGCGGCGUAUGUUUCCGGCUCAUCGAAUGGAUCGGCCGUCGCAACUUCUUCCAACUUUUGCGCAUUUUCUCUCGGCACCGAGACUGUUUCUUCUGGUCGCUCGCCUGCGUCUAAUAAUGCUAUUAUUGCAUACACACCUUCCAAAGGCCUUCUUCCUCUCCGCGGUGUCUGGCCGCUCUACCCGACCUGUGAUGUCCUGGUGGCUCAUACCAGAACUAUGGCAGACAUGUUCCACGUUCUCGACAUUCUAGCCGUUUCCGAUAAAACCCCUUCAGGGGAUUUCUAUCAGGAACAGAAACUCAUCUCACUCCCUUCAAUCAAUACACUACGACCAAAGUCUUUUUCUAUAUUACAGGAUGGCACUUCCUUGCGCGGGAAGCGUAUCGGCGUGCCAUCAAUGUACAUCGGAGGCGACCACUCCUCUCUAUCCCCGGCUAGCAAAGUAAAUACCCGGCCCUCCGUUAUCAAGCUAUGGCAGCAGGCUAGAACGGUCCUCGAAUCCUGCGGUGCAGAGGUGAUCGAAACCGACUUCCCGCUUGUGACAAUCUACGAAUCGAACGCAGAUAAGGGCCUGCUCGUCACUGUCGCAAAUCUACCAGAAAGCUGGCCUACGUUGGAGAGGUGCGACCUGGUUGCCCAUGUCUGGGAUGACUUCCUGAUCAACAACGGCCAAAAGGGUCUCGAGUCUCUUUCUCAGGUUGAUCCGACAACUAUCUUCCCACCCGCCCCGGGGUCAUUGAAUGGUGCGCCUGAUGCGGCUAAUGCGUUGAUGUGGGAUGAGAUGGUUAAAUACCCGCACAGGAGGCCAGCGUCUAUUUUUGACAUCCCGGGGAUUCAGCAGGCAGUCCAGGCUCUUGAAAAUGCGCGCAAGGAGACUCUUGAAAACUGGAUGGAUGGGCUUGGACUCGACGUUGUAGUAUUCCCGGCUAAUGGUGAUGUGGGAGCUGCUAAUGCGGACGGGGAUGAAAAGGCCUCGCAGUAUGCCUGGAGCAAUGGCGUUAAGUACUCGAAUGGGAACAGGCCUAUGCGUCAUCUUGGUGUGCCAACUAUCUCUGUCCCCAUGGGUGUUAUGAAAGAUACCGGGAUGCCUGUGAAUCUUACCUUUGCUGGGAAGGCAUAUGAUGAUAUCAGCCUCCUUAAAUAUGGCUUUGCCUUUGAGAAAGCGAUGAAGGGCCGUGUUAAGCCACCUCUCGUCCCUGCUCUUGAAUCUGAUUGCGUUAAGGUUGGCCGAGAUAUUCGGCCAUGGACUUCUCAAUCGACCUUUGAGUUAAUGGUGGAUACUCAUGUGAAGAAAACUCACGGCGCUAAGGUGGUUGUUCAAAUUCAGGGAUCAGUUGUCCCCAAGGAUACCCGUCUAAUGACUUUGGAGUGCUAUGUUAACGGUCAGCUGUUUAAGCCGAUCGUAGAAGGCGAGAGGUGGUUCCUCGUAGCUUCCUAUCCCACAUCGGAUCGUGAUCAAUUGUGGAAGAGAUGGUCGAGUCCUGCAUUGACACAGACAAUUGUGAUCAUCACAGCUCGCACAAACCCUGGCUCGACAACUAGCAAGUUGAUCUUCUUGUAA